AUGCCUGUCGAUCCGCAAAGUUUUAGGCUUUCGUUCCUCGUGGGCGACCUCCUCAGAGACGGAUCCGAGGACGAGCCCUUGCCAAAGCUUACACUCGAAGAGAGAGACCAAAUCCGACAACAGCUCUCGGCGCUCAAGACCAGGAGAGAACUCUCAGGCGAAUUGUCAAAUGACCAAAGUCUGCGUAUAAAUCGCAUUCUGAACAAGCAGAUGGAGCGUCUCAACGACUGCAAGAACGCCGAGACUACCCUCAGCUCGCUUCCCGAACAUCCACGGAUCGAACCGAUGAUCUUUCAUGCUUCCUCGGAGCAGGAGGAAAAGAUUGUUGUAAAUGAGAAGGAAGCGCCAUCAGACUCGGGUUCGAUUUACGAAGAUGCGUCAGAGAUUUCGGAGAAUUCGGUCAACGACGACAUUUCCAAUGCCGCUUCACACCCCCUCCCACCAAGCCCCGCGGAUCCCGUUCUCGAGCUACUCGAGCAGGCAUGUGCUGUCCUUCGCGAGCGACCAGAUGUCCAAGAGCCAUCUGAGAAACUCAUCGCUUUAGAUCCACCCACCGUGAAGGCUACCGAUACGAAAGUCUCCAAGACUUCCAGGGAUACUUUGGCAGAGCCUCUGAACGAUGAUCGAGUAACGCAGGUCAGAGGAAGCUGGAAGGUGUUUGAGAUUACACUCUGGAGGUUAUUCUUCGUCGUUUGGUGUCUUUGGGAGAUUUCGGACGUGGUUGAAGCAAGGAUUUCUGGUUUGGUGUUUCUGUUUCAUGGGGUUCGUGGACUUGCUGGAUCAAUUCUGGGUUCUUUCUUGAGACUUUUUGAUGGAGUCGUUGCAGCUUAUCUGGGUUCGAGCAGGAAUUUCUCGACUCCACAAGCGGGGAGUGGAUUGUAA